CUCCUCUCUCUCAACAACAACACAACACUUGUUCAUUCUUCCUUUUCUUCUCUCUUUGACCAUGGACAACACCAAUGACUUCUGGAAAUUCAGUGACCAGUUGAGGCUUGAAUCUGGUUUGGCCAAUCUGUCUCUCAAUGAAUUUUCCAUUUGGAGCAACAGCUACAGCUCCAAGAGGCCCGAUCAGAGGAGAAACUUUGAUGUGAGUGACACUGAUUUCAUCAACAACAACUCCUCAAAGUCUCAUGAUUUGAACGAUGGGUGGAACAUAACCAGUUCCAAUGGAACCCUUUUCUCUGUGCCUCAAAACAACAACAAUCUUGGAGUUGGAGGCUUCAACAAGGGAGGAAUCUAUUCAAACAACACCACCACCUCCUCUUAUCCUAAUCUUAACAACAACACUCUCGGAGGCUUCAACAAGGGAAUCUAUUCCAACACCCCACCUUCUCCUUAUCUUAACCUUAACAACAACAACCACCAUCUCAACACGAAUCUCAAGGGCUACAAAACAUUCUUUAAGGCUGAAGAUCAGUUUCACACACCCAAAAGUUUAAAGAAAAACAGCAACAACACCAACAAUAACAACAAAAAGUACGGAGACAACAACACUAGUAACGAUGCCACUAAGACUGCUUCUGAGAAAAAAUUCAAAACACUGCCACCAGCAGAGUCUCUGCCUAAGAAUGAAACCAUCGGAGGCUACAUCUUUGUUUGCAACAACGAUACCAUGGCAGAGAAUCUCAAAAGACAGCUCUUUGGUCUGCCUCCACGAUAUAGAGAUUCAGUUAGAACAAUAACUCCAGGGUUGCCCCUUUUUCUGUAUAACUACUCCACUCACCAACUCCACGGUAUCUUCGAGGCUUCAGGUUUUGGAGGAACCAAUAUUGAUCCAACAGCUUGGGAGGACAAGAAGUGCCCUGGUGAAUCUCGUUUCCCUGCUCAGGUUCAAGUGAUUACUAGGAAAGUUUGUGAGCCACUGGAGGAGGAUUCCUUCAGACCAAUUCUUCAUCACUAUGAUGGUCCUAAGUUUCGUCUUGAGCUGAGUGUGCCUGAGGCACUGUCUCUCCUGGACAUAUUUGCAGACCAGAACAGUUUCGAUGAUGUUUUCAAGGCCAUUCCUGCAUAGAAGGGUGGACAAUACAGAUUAUAAAGAAGAGAAAUUACACGAACAAUGAAAUCUUGGACUCAUUAGAAUCUUUAAGACAAUGAAUUCAGCCACUAUAUAUUUAUUAUGUGUUGCAAGUAUAGGGGCUAUUUGUAUAGAGGCUGAUAUGCCUGGUUGCUGCCCAUUUUUGUUGUUAUGGGAGUAUAUGAACAUCACAUAAAAAGUACACAAUAAAAAUGAACUAACUUUUGCUUGUGGUUA